UACAUCAUUCUUUAUAUUUCUGUCGAGUCGGGUAGUAGGCUGUUUGCAAUAUUUUUCUUUGCACCAAAGUUUUUUUUUUCGGCGCGAUGUGGUCGCGAGUUUUGGUGUUUUUGGUUGUCUGUGGCAGUGCGCGGGAAACAUGGCAGCUUUUACCGUUGCCGGACUACAUCCACCCAUGCGAAGAGCUGACGGACGAAUGCUUCACCAAAGCCACAAUGGACGCCAUCCCCGGGAUAGUCCAGGGGAUACCAGAGGCCAACAUCCCCCCUCUUGACCCCCUAGUCUUAGAGAGGAACAUCAGCAUGAACUUACCUGGGGGGGUCAAAAUGACCUUCCAUAAUGGGAAGCUACUCGGGCUCAGGACAUGUGUGCCUAAUAAGGUUUCGUCUAAGAGAGAGAAACGCACGUUCAUCUUCGACAUCACGUGCAACCUCACCAUCAAGGGCCGGUACAGCGUCAACGGCCGCCUCCUACUCUUCAACCUCGACACUGAUGGCAACGCCAAGAUUAAGAUUUGGAACCAGCACAUCCGCCUAGACGUGGUGGAGAAGGUGGUGACGAACGCUAAGGGCGAAGGUCAUUACAAGGUCAACUCCUACAAGUUCAAGGCCGACUACGGGACCGACUUGAAGCUCAACUUGACCAAUCUGUUCCGGAAUAACCCUGUUAUUAGCGCCAACAUCUUAGACGUGCUAAACGCGAACGCCAAGCACGUGGCCCAAGAGAUGGGCGGCCCGAUCCUAGACUACGCCAUCGGGUAUGCCAUGAACGUGACCCAGAAGUUCUUCGACGCCUACACCUACGACCAGCUCAGCAAGGUGCCGUUGACUGAGGACUUCUUCGUCAAAGAGGACAAGACUGAUGGGGGUAGUUAGGGAAUAAGGAGGUUUUUGGGAAGUCUGGAGUGGAAGGGCUGUUUCACAAU